GUGGGCUCUGAUUGGCGGAGGAGCGGUCCAGUGGCAGAGUUUGGUGUUGGCCUGUGGAGCGGAGGAGGUGAUACAGCAAAGAUGGUGCUGGAGAGUACGAUGGUCUGUGUGGACAACAGCGAAUACAUGAGAAAUGGCGACUUCCUCCCGACCCGCCUUCAGGCCCAGCAGGACGCCGUCAACAUCGUCUGUCACUCGAAGACCCGCAGCAACCCCGAGAACAACGUGGGCCUCAUCACCCUGGCCAAUAACUGUGAGGUUCUGACCACACUCACCCCAGACACGGGCCGCAUCCUCUCCAAACUGCACUCUGUACAGCCCAUUGGGAAGAUCAGCUUCUGUACUGGCAUCCGGAUAGCGCAUCUGUCACUGAAACAUCGCCAGGGAAAGAAUCACAAGAUGAGGAUCAUCGCCUUCGUGGGGAGCCCAGUGGAGGAUAACGAGAAAGACUUGGUAAAAAUGGCAAAACGGCUAAAGAAAGAGAAGGUCAGCGUAGAUAUCAUCAACUUCGGGGAGGAGGAGUUGAAUACAGAGAAGCUGACGGCGUUUAUCAAUACAUUGAACGGAAAGGAUGGGACAGGCUCACACCUCGUCACUGUGCCACCGGGGCCCAGCCUGGCCGAUGCCCUGAUCAGCUCCCCCAUUCUGGCAGGAGAAGGAGGUGCCAUGCUGGGAUUGGGGGCCAGUGACUUUGAGUUUGGGGUGGAUCCCAGCGCUGACCCGGAGCUGGCUCUGGCUCUUCGUGUGUCUAUGGAGGAACAGAGGCAGCGCCAGGAGGAGGAGGCCAGGAGGGCAGCCGCUGCAUCAGCUGCUGAAGCCGGGAUCACCUCCACUGCCGGAGAUGAUUCUGAUGAAGCGCUGCUAAAGAUGACCAUUGGACAGCAGGAGGGGUGCCGCACUGGGCUGCCAGACUUCAGCAGUAUGACGGAAGAUGAGCAGAUUGCCUACGCCAUGCAAAUGUCUCUACAGGGCGCCGAAUUUGGGCCGGCAGAAUCCGGUGAUCUGGACAGCAGUGGGGUGAUGGACACUUCUGAGCCUGCCAAGGAGGAGGAUGACUAUGACGUUAUGCAAGAUCCGGAGUUCCUGCAGAGUGUUCUGGAGAAUCUGCCCGGUGUGGAUCCAAACAAUUGCAUUCAUCGUAUUGGAUUAGAAGCAUCUAGUAAGUUCUGA